AUGCCGAGGCUGAAGGCUCCAACCCCCAGGGAAGGAAGAUGCUGCAGACCAGCAACUACAGCCUGGUGCUGUUCCUGCAGUUCCUCCUGCUUUUCUACGACCUCUUCGUCAACUCCUUCUCGGAGCUGCUCCGCACGGCCCCCGCCGUCCAGCUUGUCCUCUUCAUCAUCCAGGACAUCGCUAUUCUCUUCAACGUCAUCAUCAUCUUCCUCAUGUUCUUCAACACCUUCGUCUUCCAGGCUGGGCUGGUCAAUCUCCUCUUCCACAAGUUCAAGGGGACCAUCGUGCUGUCGGCGACCUACCUGGCGCUCAGCAUCUCCUUCCACGUCUGGGUUAUGGUAGGCUGGG